AUGAGGCUAUUAGGAGGCCUCCUUUUCGCCGUAGGCGUCGCCCCUCUCCUCCAGCUUACGCGCGCCCAAGCUCCCGACGGCGGAAUCCCAUCAGCAACUCGUAGUGUGUGGACAAGGUUCGCCGAGGAGGACGUGUCUGACGUGGGUGUUGGUGAAGUACAUCCGAUCGCUUCGGAUGAGGAGGAGAUCGAACAAGAACUUGUUGCGGCCCUCGAAUCGGAUCCUCAGGCCACAGUUGUGGUGCAUAUCGGGCUGGGCGAGCUGCUUUGUGACAGCCUGGAAGAUGCCUCGGACUCAACCCUCUUGCGGUUUAAUAUCAGCUCCACUGAGACGGUGAUUGCAGAGCGCACCUCAUACUCGUCCAUCGACGGAAACAUCUUUCCGGACGGCGAGACGCGCAAGACCUGGAUGGGUGAGGUCGUCGAUCCUGAACCUCCCGCUGGCUCGGCACCAAGGACUGUCAGUAUGACGUGGACCAACCCAUGUGGCGUUGAGUCGUUCCUCCUGACGGUCGUGUCACACAACAAUGACGGCAGCACGUCCAUUGUCAGAUCCAUUCCGUGCGCUGCCGGGUCCAGCAGCGAAGUUUGUAUGGUGGAGCUUGCUGUGGUCUUCAACGAUGGGGAUUCCGCGGUGGACUCCAUAUCAGCUGAUAAUGAUGAUGAUGAUUUUGAGAGCAUGACUUUGGAAAACCCGGGCGAGAGUGUGGAGGGGCAAGAGGGUCGCAUGCUCAAAACGAUUCGUGCGCCCACGAAAUCGGUGGGGAAGGAAUCGCUCCACAGUCGAGGCUCGCCCGGCUCCCGCGAGCUUCAGGCCGGCAACACCCAGCUACCAUACGACCAGAUGUUGGAUGACACUACCGACUAUGGUCCCGAGCUUGAUGCGAUGACGGGAAACGCGGCAGUGGCGGCUCUACGUGACGAGCACGAAGCGGAUCUGGUGUUGCUGGUCGGAUAUUUCCCGAACACGUGUGGACGAGGGUGGAUUUUCAAUUUCAACGAAGCUCUCGGCUUCUCCCUGAUGGAUUCCAUUUGCUUCUCGAACUGGACACAAACGCACGAGAUUGGGCACAACCUGGGGUGCCGCCACGACCGGGAUAACUCCAACACCGGAAUGACUGCGUAUGGACAUGGUCUGCGUUACUGCACGGGCAUCCCUCAGUGA